UAGUGAUGAUGAUUUGCUUCAACUUAGUCGUCUCCCAUCUACUCCAGUGAGCGGCACUAGGGCUUCGUCUCCUAUUUCAAUGGAGGAGAAGAUUUGCAGCGAGUUGAAGCUCACUAAGUUAAGGCAACAAAACUUCAGCCGAAGUGUCAAUGAAAUUCACGAGCAAGCCUCUUCCUUUCUCUUACUCACUCUUAAAUGGAAAGAACUCCACACUCACUUUGACUCCACUUUCAAUUCCAUCGAAGACUGCGCCAAAGAGCUUCACACGAAGGAACGGCAACUGGAGGGGAGAGAGAAAGAAGUUGAAUUGAAGGAGAAGGAGUUUGAGGAACGGUGCGAAGAGUUUAUAAAGUUGAGAGACGCGGAGGUUGAGGAGCAUUAUAAAGAGAUUGAAUUGAAGGAGAAGGAUUUUGAGGAACGGCGUAGAGAGGUUGAAUCGGAGAGGAAGCGGUUGGAGGAGAGGCGGAAGGAAGUCGAAGAGAGCGAGAAGUUGGCGAGAAAGAAGUUUGUUGAAGAGAUUGAGUUGAAGGAGAAGGAAAUUGAGGAAAGACGAAAGGAAAUUGAAAUGGAAAGGAAGAAGCUUGUUGAAAGGAUUGAGUUGAAGGAGAAGAAAAUUGAGGAAAGGCGAAAGGAAAUUGAAGUGGAAAGGAAGAAGCUUGUCGAAGAGUUUGAGUUGAAGGAGAAGCAACUGAAUGAAGGGCGCAGGGAAGUUGCAUGGGUGAAGUUGAGGUUUGGGGAACAACUUAAGGAGUGUGAAUUGAAGGAGAGACGGCUUGAGGAUAGGGCUUUGGAGAUUGAAUUGGCGAGGAAGAGAAAUGUGGAGUUUUUUGAAGAGCUUAAAUUGAAGCAAAAGGAAGUUGAAUCGGAGGAGAUGAAAAACAAGAAGUUUAUAGAGGAGUUUGAAUUGAAAGAGAAACAAUUUGAUGAAAGGUGCAAGGAAGUUGAAUCGGAGAGAAAGAAGUUAGUUGAAAAGCUUGAAUUGAAGGAGAAGCAACUUCUGGAGCAGCAGAAAGAAGUUGAAUUGGAAAACAAGAAAAUUAAUAAGUUUUUUGAAGAGCUUGAAUUGAAGGAGAAGCAACUUCUGGAGCAGAAGAAAGAAGUUGAAUUGGAAAACAAGAAAACUAAGAAGUUUUUUGAAGAGCUUGAGUCGAAGGAGAAGCAAGUUGAAGAAAGGCGCCUGGUAGCUGAAUUGGGGAAUAAAAAGUUUGUUGAAGAGGUUGAAUUGAAGGAAAAGCAACUUGAAGAGUGGUGUAUGGUAGUUGAGUCGGAAAAGAAGAAACUUGAGGAACAGUCCAAGGAGAUUGAACUGAAGGAGAAACAUCUUGAAGAGCAGUUGAAAGAAGUUGAAUUGGCAAACAAGAGGUUUUUCGAACAGGCUAAAGAGCUUGAGUUGAAGGAGAAGCACCUCCUGGAGGGGUUUAAGGAACAUGAAAUGGAAAUUUUGGUUAAGUUGACAGAAGAGAACUCUAAGGAGUGGAGAAGAGAGCUUGAGUUGAAAGAGAUAAAUUUUGGGCAGCAAGUUAGAGAAAGGUAUGAUGAAAUUGAGUUGAAGGAGAAGAAAGUGGAGGAAGAGUUUAGAGAAGUUGCAUUGAGAGAAGAGAGGGUGGAGAAGAGAUUUAGAGAAGUUGAAGAGAAGGAGAGGAGGGUUAGAGAGCUGUUUAAGGAAGUUAGGGUGAAAGAUGACGAGUUUUGGGAACGGAGAAAAGGGGUUGAGUUGAAAGGUAGGGAGGUUGAGGAGAGGAUUAAAGAGAUUGGAUUCAAAGAUAGGAAGGUUGAGGAGAGGCUUAAAGAGAUUGGAUUCAAAGAUAGGAAGGUUGGGGAGAGGCUUAAAGAGGUUGGAUUGAAAGAUAGGAUGGUUGAGGAGAGGCUUAAAGAGGUUGGAUUGAAAGAUAGGAAGGUUGGGGAGAGGCUUAAAGAGGUUGGAUUGAAAGAUAGGAUGGUUGAGGAGAGGCUUAAAGAGCUUGCAUUCAAAGAUAGGAAGGUUGGGGAGAGGCUUAAAGAGGUUGGAUUGAAAGGUAGGAAGGUUGAGGAGAGGGUUAAAGAGAUUGCAUUGAUGGAGAAGAAUGUUGGCAAAAGGAGCGAGGAAGUUGAAUUGAAUAGGAGGAAAUUAGAGGAAGGAUUUAGAAAACUUGAGUUGAAAAGCAGGGAGGUUGAGGAGAUAAUUAAAGGGGUUGAGUUGAAGGAGAAGGAAUUGCAGGAACGGUGUAGGAGGUUUGAUUUGAAAGGGAAGCAAAUUGAAGAGCUUCAGUUGAAGGAGAAGGAACUAGAAGAGAGGUCACGGGAAGUUGAAAUGGAAAAUGAGAAGUGCUUGGAGCGAAUGAAGGAGUUUGAGUUGAAGGAGAAACAAGUUGCUGAUGCUUGUAAUGCCCGUGUGAAGUCGGAGACCGUAGAUUAUUCUAUGGAUGCUAACCUACAUUUUUCAGUGAAAAUGGAUGGAAAGGCAUUGCAAAUUUUAUUAAAUAAGCGUUGUAAACAUGAUGAGGAGAUGAAGAAUGAGGUAUCUAUUGCUUUGGGACUUUCCUCGGAUCCUGCAAAGCUGGUUUUGGAUGCAAUGGAAGGGUUUUACCCACCCCAUUUGAGGGAGGGUGAUGUGGAGUUCAAAGAGGUUGUUGUGAAAAGAAGUUGCAAUCUUUUGCUUGAGCAAUUAACGAAAAUAUCCCCAACAAUCAAACCCGAUGUGAGAAAAGAAGCAACGAAACUUGCCUUUCUUUGGAUGACAAAGAUGACAGUGGAUGGUUACCACAAUUUGGAUGUUUUUAGUUUUUUUAAUCUGUUGGCUGCUUAUGGACUGGCCUCUGCUUUUGAUUCAGAUGAGCUCAUAAACCGUUUGGUGAUUAUUGCUCGAAAUAAGCAGACUCCUGAAUUCUUUCGUGUCCUUGAACUAGGAGAUAAAAUUCCUGGUUUUAUUCAAAUUCUUAUCUUAAAGAAACAGCCAAUGGAAGCUAUCAGAUUCAUUUUUGCAUUUGAGAUGGUUAAUCAGUUCCCACCGGGACCUAUCUUGAGGGAUUAUUUAAGUGGUUCCAAGAUUGCAGCCAGAAAAAUUAAGAGGAGCAGCAAUUCCAUUAAAGGACUGGUUGAGUCUGUAAAGAGAAGAGUGGCUGACCUAACGGUUGUACUGAAAUGCGUUGAAGAUUACAAGCUUGAAACUGUAUUCUCACCACAUACCCUCAAGCAACAAAUAAAAGACGUCCAAAGACAACUUCCAAUUAGGAAAACAAAUUUACCAAACCUGGGAAGCAGUUCUACUCAGCCUAAUCUGAGUGAGAACAAACGUUUGGCCCCAAAAGCUGCUGCUUCUGCCUUUGUCCUUGCAUCCAAAUCUGUCUCUGCCACUAAACCUGCUCUCAAUUCCACGAUGGCUGCCUGUACUGCUCCCAUCACAGUCACCUCCCUCUCUCCAACUGUUGCCUACAUUGCUUCCCCAGUCACAGUCACCUCUCUUGCCCCAACUACUUCCGCUAUUGCUAAUCCAGUCGUCCCUGUCAUUGUCACUUCUCCCUCCACAACAGCUGCAGCCGCUGUUACCCCAAUAGCAGUUGCCUCUCCCGCCACUACUUCAUCCAUUACUGCCUCCACUACCCGAAGUGCAGUUGUCUCCCCCUCCUCAAGCAGUGCAUCACCUUGUGGCUCAAUCCCCAAGACUGAACCACAAUACCAGGGUGGAAAUAAACGCUGUCAAGCGCAGUACCAGGGCAGUGAUAAGCACCUUCAAGAACAACACCAGAGUGGAAAUAAGCGCCCUCGGAUUGCUAAAUCACCAGAGGUUCCUCUAAGAGCACCAUCACUUCAAAACACUGGCUUUGCACAGUCUGUGCCUGUCCCUCAUCAGCGAACAGAAGGUCCUUUUAUAAAUCAAAAACCAUCUGGCGGGCACUACAAUUGUCCUGGUUAUCGCCCACCAAACCCACGUUUAAGCUCCCAUUAUAAUUAUGGAUAUCCAUCUUAUCAUCAGAACACAUUUGGAAAACCUGGCUAUGACAGUGCUGCCCCCUUUCAGCGGCCGUAGAUUGUUACGUGAAACUCUUGAUGACAUGGGGCAGGUUAAAGUGGGAGAGGAAUUUCUUAAAAUCAUCUGUGGUCAACAACCAGCUGAGAAACAGUCGAAGCUUGAAGCAGAUUCCUUUUGGUACUCUAGUAGCUUAUAGCUAGUUAACCUUAUUCUAGGACUUUGAUGCCUUUGCUCAAAGAUUCCAACAUGCUAGGAAGAUUAAACUUUUUGCAAGUGUGGUUCCAGAUAAUGUUAAUAUUCUUUUUUGCCUUGCAUGUUAUUGGUAGCAGCUGUACAGCUAGGUGUAUUCAGUUCGAACUAAUCAGCUGGACAAUAUAGUAUCAAUGCAUAUCAGCCUAUAAACCCACCGAUGAACUCCUUUAUAAUAUUUUAAAUCCUUGUUAUUAUAA